AUGAGCAACGCCAAAGCCCAAAGCACUACUGGAUUCAAACUCAAAGGUCAAUGCCACUGUGGUCUUGUGACGUUUGAGUUCUCCCCAGCGUCCGUCGUGGACCUUAAUGAUCCUGCUCUGCCGGAGUCGGUCAAACAAACUAUUGCACCCCCCUCGGAGCAGAAGCAUCCUGAACGGGGUGGAAACGUUAACAAGUGGAAGAGCACCUGGUGCCACUGUAAUCCUUGUCGAAGGACUGUGGGGGCGCUGGCUGUCGAGUUCGUCAGCGUGCCCAUGAACUUGAUCACCAUCAAGCGAGACGGGAUUGCAAGCUAUAGGUCAUCCAACCAUGCUACGAGACAGUUUUGUCCAAAAUGUGGCACUUCGCUUUUCUUCGUAGAGGACGACGAGAAGAGCAUCGACGUGACCCUCGCAUCGAUUACGACGCCGAAUCUAUUUGAUUACAUUGAAAUGAUUGGUCAUAUCUGGCUUGAGGAUGCAAAGGACCUGGUAUUGGACGAGGCUGGCAAAGGAGGAGGACUGGCCGGAAUCAUGACGGAUGGAGGGUACCGCACGAAACAAGGGAGCAAAAGCGAACCGUUUUACUAG